AACGUGGUCGAAAACGCGCUCGCAAACGUCUUCGCGCGCGGUAGACGAUGUCUAGGCUCAAGCUCGUCGCGCUACCGCUCGACGCGGACGACGCAUCGCCGAGACAUGCCGCUGGGCUGCGAGGCGCACCGGUGCUCGAGGACGCGUCGAAGGAGGUGAGAGAUGGGAAACUGUACGACGGUGGACACGGUGACCCGAACGAUUGCACUUUAGUCGCCGUCAUCGAACACAUGGGGGUGUUGCGCACGAUCAGGGUGACGCAAGGCGAUAGCAAAGUCAGGCGGUUCCAAUUUCAAACAGCCAAGGACGGCGUGGCGACGCCGACUGGACGCCCGUGGUGGCAAUUCGCUUUCAUCCCAGGCCAACCGGGGGCCAUACUUGUCGUCCAGGCGGAGUCACAAAAUUUGCUCUUCACGUCGCUGCCCCAGAGCGAGUCCGAGCCUAGUUUGGUGUAUCUUCUUGGGAAGCACAGCGCGCCCGUGACGAGCUUAGCAGUGAGCGUGGAUGGAAGCAUUACAGCAACUGGAACUGAAGAUGGAAGCUUAGCGGUCUGGGCUUUGGACGACGGGCGACGAGUGGCAAGUAUGACAACUGCGCACGAUGGCUUAGUGCGAUGCGUUGCGCUUUCGGGGAAUCGUACGCUCGUCUCUGCCGGAAGAGACGGUGUGGUGAGAAUUUGGAGUGUCGCAGCAGACGGGCCUCGGUUGCGAAUGAUGCACAGACUCGCAUCUGAACAGCUGAAGUACGUCGUGUCGUUAGCAGUAACGCAGAAAGAUCCUGAUAUCACUGUAGCCGCUGGGUCUUCUGAUGGAUGCUUGCACGUUUGGCGUGUGAACACCGAAGCAGCGAGCGCUCGUUUGGAAAAGGUGUUGGAUCAUAACGAAGGAUUAGCUAUCACUUGCCUGUCGUUCCGUGCUGACGAAGCCAUCCUCGCUUUAGGUACGCAAGAGAUAGGGGAAACUAUCGGAAAGGGAACGGUGCAACUUUUCGACACGAAGGAUUGGUCCACAGUGGCGUCGCACGAGCUCGUCUCGGCCUGCCUGACGUGCGAUUAUUUGGUAUCUUCGAACGACCGACUCUUGGUGUGCACGCCGCAAACUCCUCCUCAAAUAUUCGAAGGAGCGCUUCAGAUCUCUGCUCUGAGGAAAGACAGAGCCGCCACGCCAUCGCGAGCGAAGGUAGCGACGCCUGAUGACGUCCCAUCGAGCGUGCCGCAAGUGAACAUCAACGACGGACAAGAGGAAGCGGUUUGGGAACCGGUAAACACGGCGGUCGAGGACGAUUUCGACGUCGAAGCAGAAUUGAUCGAUCAUAUGGCAACUUUAGGCGUAACUGAUCCGGACGAAAUCAGACGUCUGACGGAAGCACACAUUCACGCCAAGGCGGCGGCGAAAGUUAGUCGAACAAUCCCGCGCGACGAGCGAGUGUACCCCAAUGUUCUCAAGAUUCCUGAAAAGGUGGUACUGAAGACACAGCGAGCACCGAUGAAGUUGGAUCAAAAAUGGCUCGACAUCAAAGAUCUUGGGCCAAAGUUGGAAGACUUGUGGGAAUUCAGAACUCGCGAGGAACAAAUUGUUGAUACGUACGGUAUGCGAGCCGGAACGUUGCUCACGCCACAAGAACGAGGAGUGGAAUAUUAGAAGUGAUAGCAUGUAGGCAUGU